UCUCUUCUUCUUCUUCUUGAACUCCCUAUUCUCUCUUGUUGAAUCCAUAGGGCGAAGGUAGAGAGAAAGGUACCGGAUUUGUGUGAAUCACAUCCCCCACACGAUUAGGUCCACUUCCACUUCUACCGCCUGUUACUGCAGCUCCACGCUUCGCUUUCAGCAUUUUGGGUCUUCGUUUGGGUCCCAUUUCUUCCUUUUCUCUCUCUUUCUCUCAAAUUUUCUCUCCGCCUUCUCUUCUCUGCUCUUUUCUUUUCUCUGAAAGCAAAAAUACGCCAUUCUUCAAUGUCCUGCUAAACCCAUUUCCCCAAACCUUCUGUCCCUCUUUGCAAUGGCUGCUUCUGGGGGUACUGGUUAUAGAAAUGGCGCCACUUCUAGAAACUCUCUUAAGCCCGAUAAGCCCUUUUCCCCUAAUUCCCAUCCCAAGUCUUCUCUUAAGUCUAAGUCUCUUCCCAAUUCUGCUCUUCGUCGUAGUAGCCCUGCAUCUCUCGGUGCUGCCAAGGAUGACGGUGGAGUUCCUGGAAGAGUUCGAGUGGCUGUUAGAUUGCGACCACGCAAUUCAGAAGAAUUGAUAGCUGAUGCUGAUUUUGCUGAUUGCGUAGAAUUGCAGCCAGAGCUUAAAAGGUUGAAACUUCGGAAGAACAACUGGGAUUCAGAUACUUACGAGUUUGAUGAAGUGCUAACUGAGUUUGCAUCUCAAAAACGUGUUUAUGAAGUUGUGGCAAAACCUGUUGUGGAGAGUGUAUUGGAUGGCUACAAUGGAACAAUUAUGGCGUAUGGCCAGACUGGUACCGGUAAAACAUAUACUCUUGGAAGAUUAGGAGAGGAAGACACUGCUGAUCGUGGAAUAAUGGUGCGUGCUAUGGAGGACAUCUUGGAUGAAGUUUCUUUGGAGACAGAUUCUGUCUCGGUAUCCUACUUGCAGCUUUAUAUGGAGAGCAUACAGGACCUUCUUGACCCUGCAAAUGAUAACAUUUCCAUCGUAGAAGAUCCUAAAACUGGUGAUGUUUCGCUACCUGGGGCUAGCCUCGUAGAAAUUAGACACCAGGAGAGCUUUCUGGAACUACUAAGAUUAGGGGAAGCUCAUCGGUUUGCGGCCAAUACAAAAUUAAACACCGAAUCUUCUCGUAGUCAUGCAAUUCUCAUGGUACAUGUAAAGCGAUCUCUGAAAGGAAGGGAUUCAACUCUGUCAAGUGAUAUUGGUGGCAAUUCUCAUUUGGUUAAGACCUUGAAACCUCCUAUUGUUCGGAAGGGAAAGUUAGUAGUGGUAGACCUUGCUGGUUCUGAGCGUAUCGACAAGUCAGGAAGUGAAGGACAUACACUUGAAGAAGCCAAAUCCAUCAAUCUCUCCCUGAGUGCAUUAGGGAAGUGCAUAAAUGCACUUGCUGAGAAUAGUGCACAUGUUCCAGUUAGGGAUUCAAAGCUUACAAGAUUACUACGAGAUUCAUUUGGUGGAACAGCGAGAACUUCACUGGUUAUUACUAUUGGUCCUUCACCUCGUCAUCGUGGAGAGACUACAAGUACAAUAAUGUUUGGCCAACGGGCUAUGAAGGUGGAAAAUAUGUUGAAGAUAAAAGAAGAAUUUGACUAUAAAAGUUUGUCAAGAAGGUUAGACAUCCAAUUAGACAAACUGAUUGCAGAACAUGAAAGGCAGCAAAAAGCAUUUGAGAAAGAAAUUGAAAGAAUUACCAAAGAAGCACAGGAUCGCAUAUCUGAGGCUGAAAAAAUUCAUUCAAAUGCCUUGGAGAAGGAAAGGCUAAAUUAUCAGAAGGAUUACAUGGAAUCAAUUAAGAAGCUUGAAGAUCAGCUGAUGGUAAAGCAGAAGAAGCUUGGUGGGGAGAAAGUAAUUAAUGAAGCCGUUGCUGCUUCUGCUUCAAGUAUAAUUGCUAAUGGAGAGGGUUCAGCGGCAUCUGCUCUCAAGGAAGUAGCAGAACUAAAGAGGUUGGUUAACAAGGAAGCACUUUUGAGGAAGGCGGCCGAAGAGGAAGUUAGCUAUCUUAGAAGUCAAGUAUCCCAACUGAAGAGAUCAGAGACUUCUUGCAAUUCAGAGAUUUUAAAGCUUCGCAAGACUCUAGAAGAUGAGCAAAAUCAGAAAAAGAAACUAGAAGGAGAUAUAGCUAUACUACAAAGCCAGUUGUUGCAAUUGAGCUUUGAAGCAGAUGAGACCAGUAGGCGACUGGACAUUGGUGAGCCUGGAAAAGUCCUCAGUUCUCUAGAUUCUCUUGUGCAACAAGUUAAGCAUUCACAGGCUCAGGAGCCUGCAAAUGGGGAGAAAGCUUCAGUAGCCAAACUCUUUGAGCAAGUGGGACUGCAGAAGAUCUUGUCAUUGCUGGAAGCUGAAGAUUACGACGUCAGAAUUCAUGCUGUGAAAGUGGUUGCAAAUCUAGCAGCUGAAGAAACAAAUCAGCAAAAGAUCGUUGAGGCUGGGGGCCUAUCAUCUUUGCUGAUGCUACUCAGAAGCACUGAGGAUGAGACAAUACACAGAGUGGCUGCAGGGGCAAUUGCAAAUCUGGCAAUGAAUGAGACCAACCAAGAGCUCAUUAUGUCCCAAGGAGGAAUUAGCUUACUGGCCGUGACUGCUGUCAAUGCUGAGGAUCCCCAAACCCUUCGUAUGGUCGCCGGAGCAAUCGCCAAUUUGUGUGGCAAUGAUAAGUUGCAGACGAAGCUAAGGGGUGAAGGCGGCAUUAAGGCAUUGCUUGGUAUGGUAAGAUGCAGACAUCCUGAUGUUCUUGCACAAGUUGCUAGAGGAAUUGCUAAUUUUGCCAAGUGCGAGUCAAGGGCCUCUACACAAGGAACAGGGACCAAGGCUGGAAAGUCCUUCUUAAUUGAAGAUGGAGCACUCCCAUGGAUUGUACAGAAUGCCAAAAAUGAAGCAUCGACGAUCAAACGACACAUUGAACUCGCACUCUGUCAUUUAGCACAACAUGAAGUGAAUGCAAAAGACAUGAUCAGUGGAGGUGCCCUGUGGGAACUCGUUCGGAUAUCACGAGACUGUUCACGAGAAGACAUAAGGACUCUUGCGCAUCGAACAUUAUUAUCGAGCCCAGCAUUUCAAGCUGAAAUGAGACGAUUACGAAUAGAUUAUUGAUUGAUCUGAGGCAGUAGGCGUGACAGAAACAUGUAUGUUUAUCUAUCAGCACGAUCAUUUCUGAAUUUUUGUCAUGAAAUCAAAGUAGUGUGAGAUUUUGGUUGUAGUAGUUUAUCAAAUGGUAUUAAUUUCUCAGAGCCACUGGCCUGAUCUGUAAUUUCAAACUUAGUGUGUAAAUUUAUUUGUAUAUUAAGUGAAUAAAAGUAGUUAAUACAAAAGUUGUGGGUUUACCUUGUAA